UGAUUUGAAAUGCCUUGAAAUAUUUAUUCUUUGUGGUUGCUCGAAAUUUGAAGAGUUACUUGAGAAUUUUGGGAACUUAGAAAUGUUGAAGGAGUUUUGUGCGGAUGGAACUGCUAUUGAGAAACCUUGAAAUAUUAUCCUUUGAGGGAUGUAAAGGACCACCACUAUCUACUUCAUGGUUGUUGCCAAGAAGAAGUUCAAAUUUCAAUAGUUUCGUAUUGUCUCCUUUGUCAAGUUUAAGCUCCUUAAAAACUCUAAGCCUAAGUGCCUGCAAUAUAUCAGAUGGAGCAACUCUUGAUAGUCUUGGCUUCUUAUCUUCACUGGAAGAUUUAGAUUUAAGUGAGAACAACUUUGUUACUCUGCCUUCAAAUAUCAACCGACUUCCUCGCUUGAAAAUGCUUGGGUUGGAAAAUUGUAAAAGAUUGCAAGCACUGCCAGAGCUUCCAACAAGCAUACGUAGUAUAAUGGCUCGUAAUUGCACAUCAUUGGAAACAAUCUCAAAUCAAUCAUUUGGCUCCCUACUAAUGACUGUCAGAUUGAAGGAACAUAUCUAUUGCCCAAUAAAUCGGGAUGGCCUUUUAGUUCCUGCACUCAGUGCAGUUAUUUUUGGGAGUAGAAUACCAGACUGGAUAAGGUACCAGAGCUCAGGGACUGAAGUAAAAGCAGAGCUACCUCCAAAUUGGUUUAAUUCCAACUUCCUGGGUCUUGCUUUGUGUGUUGUCACUGUUCCCAGGCCGGGUCUUGUGUCACUUGCCGAUUUUUUUGGUCUUUUUUGGAGAUCAUGUACCUUGUUCUAUUCCACAUCCAAUCACGCUUCUUCCUCCUUAGGUGUUUACACUUGUCCAAAUCAUCUUAAGGGAAAGGUGGAGUCAGAUCACUUGUGGCUGGUUUAUGUACUGCUUCCCCACUUCAUCAAUGGGAGAAUUGUGUAUUUUAUCAUCAUCGUCCAGACAGAAUAA